AAUGCAUCCAUACAGUGGCAAAUCUUACUUCCACUUUGCUUGUUCACCACAUCAUUUUAAAACUGGAGAUGAUAUUGGACAAGGAAGCCAAGAUAACUCAUGAACAAUUUGCCACUCAGAUAGAGGUGUGCCUUGGGUCAGGUGAAGGGCCUAAUAAGAAAGUGUGGAGUAAAGGGUGGGGCCUCAAUGAUGCAUCAACGGAGUUUUGCUACUUUCCUAUCAUUCAGUUGCGGUCAACAAUCACCAGUUAUGAUUUGCAAUUGACUGCAGAGUCAUCCUCAGACACCAUUGCACAUAAAGGCAUCUUCCUGAUUGCCAUUGGUAUGUGAUACAAGUAUUGCUGGGCCAAUCUUGGACAGGGUAUAAUUGUCGACCCUUUGAAGAGCAAGAUGCAGAGGGAGAUCAAGGAUGGCAUUAGUGCACAUGAAGUAUAU